GUGAGUGUGGCAUGACGGCAUCACUCUCGAAUCGACUUCAUAUUCAAAUAUACAUAUUUUCAUGCUUUAGGUCAUUUGCGUUGAAAAAUUUGUUCCGGUUUGUACGUGCCAGUGUCCAUAACAACUCUAUUCAGUGCAAACACUUGCCGGUUGCAUUAAAACGAAAACAUAUAUCGAAAACAAAUUCUGGGUACAUUUGGUGUUUGGGCUGAUAUUCACAAGCGGGGAGCAAUUGGACUGUUGGUGCUGCUGCUGCUGAUGAGAUAACCUUUUCACAAUGGUGCAGUACGUUGUGUUUGCGGCUUUUCUGGCGUUUCGAAUAUUAUCCGUGUUUGUGGUGAAAACUUGGUACGUGCCGGACGAGUAUUGGCAAAGUUUAGAAGUGGGUCAUAAAUUAACCUUUGGAUAUGGUCACAUGACAUGGGAAUGGUCAAAGGGCAUACGAAGCUACAUACAUCCGUUGAGCAUAGCCGCAUUGUAUCGGGCGCUCGCUUGGUUCGGUCUUGAUCAAGUGGAAUAUUUGGUGUUGGCGCCUCGCAUUUUACAAGCACUGCUCUCCGCAUUCAGCGACUAUUGCUUCUAUCGCUGGAGCAAAAACAGUAAAUGGUCCAUAUUUUUGAUAUUAACAUCCUGGUUUUGGUUUUAUACGGCCACCCGAACGCUACUCAAUACGGUCGAAACAUGUUUAACAACCAUUGCAUUGAGCCUCUAUCCACGCCAUCACGAGCCCGAUUCGCAUAAAUUCCUUUGGAUCGUUGCCCUGGUGUGCUUCAUACGGCCAACGGCCGCUAUUUUAUGGUUUCCGUUGUGCAUAAUUCAUAUGCAAAAAUCGAUUCAUUCCGUUGCCGAACUAUUGAUUAAGCGGUACUUGUUAAUUGCGUUAAUUGUUGGCACAAUUGCUGUCGGAUUGGAUUCGUAUGCGUAUGGUGAGUUCAUUGUGACGCCAUUGGAAUUCUUCAAAGUCAAUGUGCUCGAGAAUGUGGGCAGUUUGUAUGGCAUACAUCCGUGGUAUUGGUACUUUACUGUCGGUUUGCCAACUAUUUUGGGACCAUUUGCAUUGCCUUUUCUCACCGCCAUCGUCCAGACGCUGCAGAACCGUGAAACCUAUCCGGAUCGUUUCAAUCUAUUAAUAGCCACACUUUUCACACUCGUCGUGUACAGUGCACUGCCACACAAAGAGUUCCGUUUCAUUUUGCCAUUGCUGCCGAUUUGCUUGCACAUUACCGCCGAUUCGCUGAAGAAUUGGAGUCGCGAUGCAUCUCGUAUUACCAUUUGGAUUGUUGCUUUGGCCAUGCUCAUUUUCAAUGCAAUUCCAGCCGUUUAUUUGAGUUGGGUACAUCAACGCGGCACCACCGAUAUUAUGCUUCCGAUUGAGCGCAUUGCACGUGAAUAUCGCGAUUUGGAUGGUAAUCAGGCGAAAUUCUUGUUUUUAAUGCCAUGCCAUUCAACGCCGCUGUACAGUCACGUUCACCAAAACGUCUCACUGCGAUUUUUGACAUGCGAGCCCAAUUUGAAUAGCGAAGAAAAUUACACUGAUGAAGCCGAUCAAUUUUAUGCCAAUCCAGCCGCUUGGCUUCGGUCUCACGUACCCGUCUAUCCAAAAUCAGCGAUGCCAACGCAUACCGUACUUUUUGAUAGCCUCCAACCGCAAAUUAGUGAAUUCCUCAAAAGUUACAAAUUAAUCGAAACCGUGCACCAUUCGAAUUACACGGACAACCGCGUCGGACACAAUGUUCUGCUGUACGAACGUGUCAUCGAUGUACCACCGACAAAGCCGAAAGAACAACCGAACCAAUUCAACAUACCAGACAAUUCAGUACCCAUACAUGAUGAGUUUUAAUAUAUAUAUAUGUACUUUGACACAAACGCGCACACACACACAAACAAAUAUCAGGUAGUUCAAUUCUAAGCUCAUUGUUUUAAUGCAGAAGUCUGAUUUUCUUUUUAAAAGCGCGUUUGCUCUUCUUAAUACAAUUUGUUUCAUAUUUCAAAUUUUAAAAACAUUUGCAAUACAUUUCAAUUUAAUGUAAGAUAUGUUAAUUUCUCUAUUAAAAUUUAUUUUUUUUUUCUUCUAAUUCUCUUUGAAACUCCUGGAUUGCUGCAAUAAAAACGAAAAUUGUGUAAUGUAAUAAAAGACAUUUGACGCAAAAUAAAAUAUAAGCCAAAUGACACAUUUAAAAAA